AUGCACAACUAUCCGCUGUGCGGGAUUCCAUCAGAUGUAACAUUAAGACUUGGUUUCUGUCGCAAAUAUGUGAAAAAGUAUGAGUGUCCACAUGUCGACUGUAAUGCGACCAUGCAGGACAAGGGUGAAUAUGACAAACAUUUCCGAACGCACGAUAAACCAUUUCGUUAUCAAUGCAAACUUCCCGGUUGUGGGAAGGAAUUUCACAAAUCAUGCUCAUUUUCCAGACACAAGAAAUUCUGUCAACACAAACCUCCGAGUGUGAAAAAGUAUGAGUGUCCACAUGUCGACUGUAAUGCGACCAUGCAGGGCAAAGACGAAUAUGACAAACAUUUCCAAACGCACGAUAAACCAUUUCGUUAUCAAUGCAAACUUCCCGAUUGUGGGAAAGAAUUCCGCAAUCCAUCAUCAUUUUCCAAACACAAGAAAUUCUGUCAAUACAAACUUCAAAUUGAGCGAAAGCGUAAAUGUCAUUAUUGUGCUGCGACUAUUCAGACGGGACAGGAAUAUUCAAAGCAUCUUGAAACGCACAAGGAACAUGGUUUAUAUAAGUGCACUUGGUCUACAUGUGGAAAGAAAUGGCGUACCCUAAAAUUACUUCGACAGCAUUACGAGAAACAUCAACCUAAACUUCAAUGUGAAAUCUGUGGCUCUUUCUUUUCUUAUAAGAGAGCACUAGGAGAGCACAAGAAACAAUACCACGAAGUUAGAGUCGGGCAAAAGUAUAAGUGUCGUUAUUGUAAUGCGACCAUGCAGACGAAAGAGGAAUAUUCAGAACAUCUUGAAACGCAAAAGGAAUAUAACUGCACUUGGCUCGGAUGUGAAAUGAAAUUCUGUUCUCGAUCGGCACUUCAACAGCAUCAUAAUAUACAUCAACCUAGACCUCAAUGUGAAAAUUGUGGCUAUCUCUUUCCUCGCAACCGUACCCUACGAAUACAUCAGCAACGAUGUCACGGAGGUAGUCGUAAGUUCCACAAAGUUUCCAUUUAG